AUGGCCAUGUCGAAGAGCUUCUCUGGUUCCCUCGCGGCGAACCGCUCCAAGAAAAUCCAACAGUUGACCAAGAAGACAUCUACGGUGCGACGCAACCGCAAGUCCCCACGUCUCUACAUGAAGGGCACCCUCGCGGGCUACACAAGGGGACUCCACGGUCAGAACAAGAACACCGCUAUUGUGCGCGUUGAGAACGUCAACACAAAGGAUGACGCCGCCUGGUAUGUUGGCAAGCGUGUGUGCUACGUCUAUCACGGAUACAAGAUGAAGCGCUGUGUGCGCUGGAGCAAAGCACCCGCUCGUCGCAGCAACACACGCGCCAUUUGGGGCCGUGUGACACGUCCACAUGGUGGUUCAGGUGCUGUUCGCGUGAAGUUCAACGGCGCCGCUGUGCCAGCAUCCGCAAUCGGCAGGCGUGUUCGCGUUUACCUCUACCCCAGCCGCAUCUAG